CUUUUCGUAAUUCUCACGUUUUUUCAGAUUCCAUCUUUUUUAAAAUUUAAAGCGUUUGAUUGUGUUCCAAUUCCAUUCAACAUUAUUAAAUUCCACGAUUUUUGGGGUCUUCGUUUAUUAUUUGAGGGAAAUUUUGAAGGGAAGUUUCAGUGAUGGCUAGGGAGUCGUCAAAUGGAGAGGUUUAUACCUCUACAAAACCCCCACCGCCCCCUUCUCCUUUGAGAAGUGCAAAGUUUUUUCAGGCCAAUAUGAGAAUUUUGGUUACGGGAGGAGCGGGAUUUAUCGGCUCGCAUUUAGUAGACAAAUUGAUGGAGAAUGAAAAGAAUGAGGUUAUCGUUGCGGAUAACUAUUUUACUGGCUCGAAAGACAACCUUCGAAAAUGGAUCGGUCAUCCUAGAUUCGAGCUCAUUCGACAUGACGUCACCGAGCCAUUGCUGGUCGAGGUGGAUCAGAUAUACCAUUUGGCUUGUCCGGCUUCACCGAUCUUCUACAAAUACAACCCUGUAAAGACAACAAAAACAAAUGUUAUUGGCACAUUGAAUAUGCUGGGACUUGCCAAGAGAGUUGGAGCUAGAAUCUUGCUUACGUCGACCUCGGAGGUGUACGGUGACCCUCUUGUUCAUCCCCAGGACGAAAGCUAUUGGGGAAAUGUCAAUCCAAUCGGUGUAAGAAGUUGCUACGACGAAGGAAAGCGUGUGGCCGAAACAUUAAUGUUUGAUUACCACAGGCAACAUGGGAUCGAGAUAAGGAUUGCCAGGAUUUUUAACACCUAUGGACCGAGAAUGAACAUCGAUGACGGUCGUGUUGUUAGCAACUUCAUUGCUCAGGCAAUCCGUGGUGAACCAUUGACCGUUCAGGCGCCCGGAACACAAACGCGGAGUUUCUGUUACGUUUCUGAUAUGGUUGAUGGACUGAUCCGACUCAUGGAAGGAGAGAACACUGGGCCGAUCAACGUCGGCAAUCCAGGUGAAUUCACCAUGCUCGAACUCGCGAAAACUGUCAAGGAGCUUAUCAAUCCUGACGUCGAGAUUAUCAUGGUCGAGAACACCCCGGACGAUCCGAGACAGAGGAAGCCAGACAUUACGAAAGCGAAGGAGGUUCUUGGAUGGGAACCAAAGAUCAAGCUGAGAGAUGGACUGCCUCUAAUGGAGGAUGAUUUCAGGGCAAGGCUUCAAGUGCCAAGAAAGAACUAAAUUUUGGUUUGUUGGAUGAUGAACAUUGUUGUUGUUGAGAGCUCAAGAUGUUGAGGAGUUUUUGGUCUUUAAUAAAAAUAUUUAUUUUCAUUUA